UACCUCCGCCUUUGUGCAAGAAGGAACAGGAGGAGCACUGCCAGAGCCCUGCAAAAUGACCUCCAGCAGGCCACAAAUGUGCAUGUGUCUGUGUAACCCACAUAAAGUGGGUAUGCCACUUUAAGAGAAGAGGUUAAGGAAGCUGGGUGGUCUGCCUGGCCAAUGAGAAGUUUGGUUUCCAGAGCGUCUGGACCAAUCAGGGUGCAGGCUGCCGUUGUGGAUCCCGCCCUUCUCCCCCGGGUCUGCAGUACCGUUGGUUUUGCUCUAGAGAUCCGACGCGGUGAGACUGCUGAGCGGGGCAGCGCCAGAAGCCGUUAGGAAUCGUUGGCUCUUUCUGGCAGUUAUUUCAGCUUGUUCUUCGUAGAUAAAAGUGCCCCACGCAUCCGGAUUGAGACCCACUAUACGGUUGUCUGAAGUGUGUCGCACUGAGAUCGGUCAGGUUUUUUUUUAUACUGGAUCAUUCCUGAAGUGGAUCCCUCCUUUGAUAUUGAUGGCGAGCCUUCCCACCUGGACCUAAAGAGAAAACCAGAUUUCGUCUACCCCAUUUGGAGUCAUGCUGCACCCUGCGGUGUGGUAGGAGAGCAACAUACAUCUUCACACACGGUUAUGUGUGAAACCUACAACUGACAUUCUCCAUUAUUAUUGUUUUUUUUAUUUAUUGAUUUUUGGACAAUACUGUUUGGAUUGUUUUAUUUCGGACAUUGUGACGCACAGCUGUGGUGGAAAUUCUCCUGUGAAUGAAGUUGAAUCAAACCAAAUUGGGAUUAAUUUGAUUAAUCUGCUGACUAAUACAAUUUGGAGUGCAGAUUACCAGGGUGCACCCGAAUUAUUUGAAAUUAAGAAUUAGCACUUGGCCAAGUAUUAUUGUUAUUUCUUUUUUUUUCAUUUUAUUGUGUGUAAUUUUAUUUUCAUAAUUGUGUGUUUUGUGCAACUGUUAAUUGUGUGUUUUCUGUCACUAAAACCAGUUCUUUAAAUACACCCAACUGCCCUUGUGUGUCAUUUAAACACUCCACUGUGCUCCGAUAGCCGAACCUAUUGGCCCAUUUAUCCAAAAUAUAUGUAAUACCCUUCUCUACUGUGUUACAGAGGAAGCUAUGGCGAGCCAGCCAGGAGCAUGAGUGUGUGUGUUUAAGUGUCAGACAUCUUACACAUAUUGUUAGAACGUGCCAAGUACUUCUCCUUAAAAAUAAAAAACCAAAUAUGGAUGUGGUACUCCGGGAGUCCAUCCAAAUUCCCCAUUCUGUGGUUGUUAGUGGUUUAACAGGGUCAGAGACAGAUGAGGAAGUGUCAACCUUUCUCCAGAAGUAUGGUUCCAUUAACCGUUACAUUUGCUUAGAUGAUCCUAAGUCAGAUUACCAUAAAAACAUGAUCGUUGAGUUUGCACAUGAAACUGCCAUGCAGACAUUGGAACCAUUGUUGCCUCUUCAGUUUCCAAGCAUGACUCAAGCAGGCAUUGUGUAUGAGUUAAAGGCUUUAGGAAGUGUCUACAGCAUAGAUGCCAGAAGCAAAGCUACUAAGAUGUACAUGGAACAGCUCUCUGAAAUUGCCAGGCUGAGUGGAAAUUCAUUAGGAGAAAUGUUGAAAGAAGAACUUAAAAAUCUGGUUUCAUCUGCAGAAUGUGCCUUUUCCCAAUCACUUCAGACUGAUCCAGAAUCCUCAGCUCCGCAGAGUCCGACCCCACAAAAAAAUUCAACCAUCAAAAGAAAUGUCCCAUCUUCUGAAACCCCUCAGUCAGUGAUGCCUACAGAUCCCAUGACUUUGACAUCAGCAAAUGAUCCAAGUAAGCCUCUCAUCCCUUCCAUUUUCAGAAAAAACCUGAUUGAUCUCAAUCCCUCGCAGACUUUCUCUGUCUCAUCUGAAUCCACUGCUACGCCCCUAAUCGAUGUCAAUCCACCUGCAGUUCAGCGAGUGGUGGUUGAGCAUGUGGUGCGCAGUAAUGAUAACUCACCCCAGUUUGCUUCACCGAGUAGACUCAGAGCUUUUUCAGGCAAGAGUCCACGACCAAGCCAUGAAGCAGAUUAUGAUACAUGGCGUGCAAGUGUCGAAAUUCUUAUCAGAGAUCCAUCUGUGUCAGACUUGCAUUGCACACAUCGUGUAUUGGACAGUCUUCUUCCUCCUGCUUCUGAAAUGAUCAAACAUUUGAGCCCACAGUCUAGUCCCUCAACUUACCUCAAGUUGCUUGACUCCGCCUACGGAACGGUUGAAGACGGUGACGAGCUUUAUGCUAGGUUCAUUAGCACGUUCCAGAAUGAUGGAGAAUUACCUUCUGUUUUCCUGCAGAGAUUGCACACUGCUUUAAGCAAAACAAUGAGACGUGGUGGUGUGUCCGCUCCAGAGUUUGACCAACAGCUUUUAAAGCAGUUCUGUAGAGGCUGUUGGGAGAACACUUUAAUAGUCGAUCUUCAGUUAGAACAAAAGAAAGAAAAACCUCCUACCUUUGCAGAAUUGUUGCUCCUUCUUAGGACAGAAGAAGAUAAACAGGCUGCAAAAAUGACUCGCAUGCGACAGCAUUUCAGCCAUACUAAGUCUGGUGCUUGCAAGCAGCGUGCCAUGUCACAAGUGCAUCUUGCACAUGACACAAAUGAUUUGAUAAAUAAGACUGAUCUUGAGAUGCUCAAGCAACAAAUUGCUGACCUCAGCAUUCAGGUGAAGAGCAUUGUGUCAGGGAGUCAAAAGCCAAAACAACCUAAACAACAAAAAGCAAAGUCUGUUCCUCUAAGUGUCACACAUGAAGCCCAUGUGGUGAAACCAAAAACAAGCUAUCCUUCCACAUUUAAAGCAAAUGGCAGACCACGUCCCUGGUACUGUUUCCACUGUGGAGAGGAUGGUCAUGUUGUGUCAGUCUGUGAUAAAGCACCAAAUCCUUCCCUUGUAGCAGCUAAGAAAAAACAACUGAAAGAAAAGCAGGCUGCUUGGGAAGCCUCUAAUGCUUCUCAAAGUGAGACACAUUUAAACUAGUGUCUGCUCUCAUAGAGGGACAUAUGGGAGCGAAGUUACAAAACUCCAGUCCCGAAACCAUGAAGUCUAUUGUCAAGAGUGUUGAGGUAGAAGGAUUAAAAUUGCCACAUGGCCUUGUGGGAACUAAAACCACAGCUCAAGUAUACAUUGUAGGGAAAGAAACAAACUGUCUUCUGGACACAGGUUCGCAAGUCACAACUGUGCCCCAGUCCUUUUAUGAAGAACACCUUUCUGA